AUGGACGCCCAAGCCUACCUAAUCAAGCACGGCUGGUCCGGCCCCGGCAACCCACUGAACCCAAACAAACGACCGGGUGCACACAGCGGAUUAGGCCUUACCCGACCGCUCCUCGUAUCACGCAAAGCGAAUAACCACGGCGUGGGCAAGAAGACAACAAAAGACCCGACGAACCAGUGGUGGCUGCGCGGGUUCGAAGAUGCGCUGAAGGGCGUGGGGAACGACAGUUUCGAGGCCACAUCAGCGCGCGAGAACAAUGCGCUGACGAGUGAGCUUUAUCGGCACUUUGUGAGGGGAGAUGGGUUGGCUGGUACGCUUGAGGGAACGGAUAAGAAGAAGCAGGACGAGAGCGGGACGUCGACUUCUACCUCCAAAUCGAAGCGCAAGCGGGAGAAUGAGGAUGAGGGCGAUCGCAAGGCUAGGAAAGUGGCCAAGGCUGCGCGGAAGGUGGAGAAGGCGGAGAGGAAGGAGGCGAGACGUGUGAAGAGGGCUGCGAAGGCUGAGAGGAAGGAGAAGAAGAUUGCUGGGAAGCUUGCGAAGAAGGCUUUGAAGGAGAAGAAGCGCACUGCUUCUGAGGAGGAUUAUCCGACGCCUACAUCAAUUGAUCAGGAGUCUGAUCAGACUGGGGCGGAGACGACCGAGACAGAUGAGGCUGUUGCGCGGUUGGAGAAGGCGGCGAAAAAGGAAAAGAAGGAGAGCAAGAAGACCAAGAGCUUAGGAGGUGAUGGGGCUGCUGAAGACUCAAAAAAGAAGUCUAAAAAGGAGAAGAAGGACAGGAAGGACGCUAAAGCCUGA